UGUAAUCAUCUCUCCUCAGUCUGGCUGGAUCCCUUGUGGCGGAGCACAGAUCCCUAAGAAUGGCUGUCUGGAUAGCACUACUUUGCACCCUGUUAACAAUGGUCCUCGGCGGCCUCCAUCUCUUGGGAGCAUUUCGCAGGAGAAGACCCAAAGAGCCUCCCCUGGAUAAAGGCUACAUCCCAUGGCUGGGCUACGCACUAGAUUUCAGAAACAACAGCUCAGAGUUUCUACAGAAGAUGCAGAAAAAGCACGGGGACAUUUUCACGGUGCUGAUUGGAGGCUACUACUUCACUUUUGUCAUGGACCCACUGUCUUUUGGGGCCAUUGUGAAGGAAUCCAGAUCCAAACUGGAUUUUGAGAAAUUUGCAUCUGAGCUGGUCAGGAGGGUUUUUGGAUACCAUCCUGUCUCAACAGACCACAAAAUCAUUCAGCUGGCAAGCACAAAAUACCUGAUGGGAGAUGGGCUUGUCAUCAUGACUCAGGCCAUGAUGGACAGCUUGCAGAACGUGCUGCUCCAUAGCCUGGGUGCCGGAGUAGAGGGGAGGCCAUGGAGCCAAGAUGGGCUCUUCCACUACAGCUACAACAUUGUCUUUAGGGCUGGCUACCUGGCUUUGUAUGGAAAUGAGCCAACCAAUGGCACUGUGAGCAAGAAGAAGGCCCAAGAGCAUGAUCGCACCCACUCUGAAGAGAUCUUCUACGAGUUUCGCAAGUAUGACCGUCUCUUCCCUCGUCUGGCCUACGCCGUGCUGCCACCCAAGGAUAAAAUGGAGGCUGAGAGGUUGAAGAAGCUCUUCUGGAACAUGCUUUCUGUGAAGAAGACCUACACAAAGGAUAACAUUAGUGGGUGGAUAAGCAGCCAAGAACGGGAGCUGGAAGAGAUUGGUGUCCCCGAGUACAUGAGGGACCGGUUCAUGUUUCUACUCCUUUGGGCCUCCCAAGGCAAUACAGGCCCAGCUUCUUUCUGGCUUCUCUUGUAUCUCAUGAAACAUCCCGAAGCCAUGAAGGCUGUGCGGGAAGAAGUGGACCAAGUCUUAAAAGAGUCUGGUCAGGCCGUGAAGCCAGGCAGCGCCCCGGUUAACAUCACCAGGGACAUGUUGACGAAGACCCCAGUUCUGGACAGUGCGGUGGAGGAGACGCUGCGCCUGGCAGCCGGCCCUAUUCUGAUCCGAGCGGUUGUUGAGGACAUGAAUCUCAAGAUGGCCAAUGGGGAAGACUACAUCCUCCGCGGAGGAGACAGGGUAGCCCUGUUCCCUUAUGUUGCAGUUCAGAUGGACCCCGAAAUCCAUCCUGAGCCUCUCACCUUCAAAUACAACCGGUUCCUAAACCCUGAUGGUACCAAGAAGGAUUUCUACAAGAACGGGAAAAAGUUGAAGUACUCUACUAUGCCCUGGGGAGCGGGGACAUCCAUCUGUCCUGGACGUUUCUUUGCAGUCAAUGAAAUUAAACUGUUUGCGUUCUUGAUGUUGCUUUACUAUGAUAUGGAGCUGGUUAAUGGAGAAGAGGAAAUCCCUCCCAUAGAUAACAGCCGGUGGGGUUUUGGUAUGAUGCAGCCCAAGCAUGAUAUCCAGUUUCGAUAUCGGCUACGCUUUUAAUCGGAGAUGGUGAGUCCCCUUCUGACAUACACCUACUCUGUAUGGGCUUGAAAUUCAUUCAUUCGUGAAUCACUUGUCAAAUUGAGCUGUUAAGUAUAGAAGUUCUCCCACAGUGGUGAUACUUGAGGACAUGGAUAGGUGCAAGCCUGUUAAAUGAUUGCCGCAACCUCUCUCUUUACUCAGCAUGUUGACCUUGAGGUACGUCACAGCUCUGCUUGUAACCUUGUCCUACACGCUGCUCUGACUUUCAGACUGUCUUUAGGAAUUGGGUUACCUCCUGCUGCAGAAUCGUAACCGGCUGUCUCUAGGAGUAGCUGCCUGCAGACCGGCAAAGGAAGCAAGAAGAUUAAUGAAUUCCCCAAAGGAAAAUAGGAGCUGGUAGAAUUUCUUCAGCCUGGGCUUCUGGUUCCCUACUUUUUUCACUCAUUUUAAAUCUGACGGAGUGUGUACGUUUAGAAAUAUGUAUGAAUUUUUCAGAUGGCAAUAAAUAUGCUUUUUAUAGAGUGA